CCCAAUUCGUGUGGAAAGAAAAGAGACCGGAAUUUAUAGAGAGAGAGAGAGAGAGAGAGUGGCUGUGGUGUAACGUAACGGUGUUUUAGCGAAGACAGAAACAAAAGAUGAAGCUCAAAGUGUAUGCGGACCGGAUGUCCCAGCCAUCCCGUGCGGUUCUUAUCUUUUGCAAAGUAAAUGGAAUAGAUUUUGAGGAGAUCAAAGUGGAAAUAUCCAAACGACAGCAAUCAUCUCCCGAAUUUCAAGCGAUUAAUCCUUUCAAGAAACUCCCCGCUAUUGUUGAUGGAAGGUUCAAACUAUUUGAGAGCCAUGCAAUUCUUAUCUAUCUUGUUUCUGCCUUUCCUGGAGUUGCAGACCAUUGGUACCCAGCUGAUAUUUCCAGAAGAGCUAAAAUUCACUCUGUCUUAGAUUGGCAUCACAUGAAUUUACGUCGUGGGGCAGCUACAUUUGUUCUAAAUACUGUACUAGCUCCGAUAUUGGGUCUACCACUAAACCAACAAGCAGCUGCUGAAGCUGAAAACAUUUUGAUAUCAUCUCUUUCAAAAAUAGAGAACAUAUGGCUUAAGGGGAAUGGUCGGUACUUGCUUGGUGGCCUGCAACCAUCCAUAGCCGAUCUCAGUCUGGUUUGCGAAAUUAUGCAAUUAGAGCUUUUAGAUGAGAAGGAUCGUGAUCGUAUUCUUGGUCCCCACAAGAAAGUUCAGCAGUGGAUUGAGAGUACAAGAAAUGCUACGAGGCCUCAUUUUGAUGAAGUUCAUAAUGUCCUCUAUAAGUUGAAAAUGAAGCUUAGAGAUGCUGGGAUGGAUUCUAGGAUUAAAACCGGACUAACUUCAAAGAUGUGACCGAACAACCAUGCCAGUAACAUACUUGUGACAACUUUAUAUGAUUAAUUAGUUGUUGUUGGCUGUAAUUUUUAAGCUUGAAACUUCGAAGACGAAGUUUAUGACUGUAUUUAGGCCCCUUAAUAAGACUGCUAAGCUGGGGCAGAUAAUAAUUGUGAUUGCCAUUUGAAGAUUCAAUUGUGUAAUGUGUAGUGCAGAUUUGACACCAUACAUGAUGGUGUGUCUUUCCUUUAAAUUUUCCAUGCAAACUAUUUUCGAGGAGCUGGAUAA